ACAAAGCCAUCGUGAUCCAGACAGCGGCUGCACUCGUGGAGGAGAAAAAAACCACAUCCAAGUUAGGGCGCUGCCGGAGCAACGCGCGGCUUUGUCUGCAAGGGCUGGGGAGAGAAGCGCCUCAUGCUGCUGCUGCCAGCAGUGCCCAGGGCUUGGGGAGCUGCUGGGAGCUGAAAGGCUCGGAGUUUUCCCCCUCUGAGAGCUCCGUGCUGGCUGCAGCCUGGAGGGGGGGUUGUGCAGGGGUUCCCCUUGGUCCCUCUGCACCGGGAGGUUGGAACCGAGAGCCAAAACAGCGACGUUGCAAAGUGAAAUUCCGGAGGAAAUUUCAAGAGCAUCCGGAUCCGGAGAGAGGCAGAAAGAGAGAAAGAAAAAGAGGAAGAAAGGAGAAAGAAAUCCAAGCGUGGAGGGAGUCGCAGGCGGCUGCGAGAGGACGGCAGAGAGGGAGAAAGAAGUCGGCAGAGAUGGGGGAACAGCCCAUCUUCAGCACCAGGGCCCAUGUUUUCCAGAUUGACCCAGCCACCAAACGCAACUGGAUCCCAGCCAGCAAACACGCCCUGACCGUCUCCUACUUCUACGAUGCCACCCGCAGCGUGUAUCGCAUCAUCAGCGUGGGGGGCACCAAGGCAAUCAUCAACAGCACCAUCACCCCCAACAUGACCUUCACAAAGACAUCCCAGAAGUUUGGGCAAUGGGCAGACAGCAGAGCCAACACUGUGUAUGGCUUGGGCUUUGCUUCAGAGCAACAUCUCUCCCAGUUUGCAGAGAAGUUCCAGGAGGUGAAAGAAGCAGCUCGUUUGGCAAGGGAGAAGUCCCAGGAUAAAACAGAGCUCACCAAUCCUGCCCUGAGCAUCACAUCCCACCAGGUACUGCCAAGCCCCAUCAUCAGCUCCAAUGGGCCAGGAGAAGAUAAGCUGUUCAGGAGCCAGAGUGCUGAUGUUGAGGUAACAACAGAGAAGGAGAGGCUGAAGAAGAUGCUCUCAGAAGGCUCAGUGAGUGAGGUCCAGUGGGAAGCUGAAUUCUUCAGCCUCCAGGACAACAACAACAAGCUGGUGGCUGCUCUCCAUGAAGCCAACACCAACGUGGAGCAGUGGAAGAAGCAGCUGGCUGCUUACCAGGAGGAGACGGAGACGCUGCGGCACAGGGUAGCAGAGCUGGAGUCACAGGGGGUUCAUGAUUCCUCCAGUGAGAACAACAAGGAAGAGCUGAGCCAAACCCUGGAGGAGCUGGAGCUGCUGAUCAAGGCUAAGGAUGAGGAGAUCCAGAUGCUGAAGAGCCAGAAGUGUGGCCACUGGGAAGCAGAGGGGGAGCGUGAGGAGACGCUGCAGAAGCUGCAGGAGCUGGAGCUGCGGAACACGGAGCUGGAGCGGCGCUUGCACCUGGCUGAGCAGACGCUGGCUGAGACGUUGGCUGAGAGGGAGAAGAUCCACAACGAGGUCACCAAAGUGGCUGAGAUCAUGGAUGUGAAGAUCUUUGAGCUCAGUGAGAUCCGCCAGGGACUGGCCAAGCUGCUGGAAAGCAACUGAGCAGCAGCAGCCCAAGGGGAGCCUGGGCUGGGCAUGGACACUGGCAGCCUCCAGCUCUGCCUGGGCAGGAUCCAGCAUCCCCCCAGCUGCCUGCACACUGAGACCAGCCCCAGCUAUUUGCUGCCCUCUGAACACCCAGGUGAGGGCACAGAGGACCUGAGCUGCUGAAGGAGCAUCUCCCAAGUGACAAACAGACCUCAGUGGACCCUGGUGAGGCUGUGACACGGGUCAGUGGCAGCAGAGGUCCCUGUGCUGCCUCCCAGCCUCCUGCUGCCACAGUCUCCAACCUUUGCACAGUCCCCCUGGGGAGCAGCCUGAGCUGCAGCUGCCUCUUCUUUUUUCUCCAGUAGUGUUUUUUUAGGAAACCACUUGCCUUUUGCAAAGAAGCUGCCUCUUUCCCCACCUAGAGAGGGGAGGGAAGGGGAGUUCUUGCACCCUGAGGGCAACAAUUGCUCCUUUUCCUCUUCCCCAGCCCCAACUGCAGGAUCCUGUCCCACUGCUCACUGGCAGGAGCUUCAGGAGGCAGCAGGGUCCCCAGUGCACAGAAGGGUGCUUCCCACUCUUCACUCCCAUCCUCCAGAGGAAAGGGAACUGCAGGUUUUGAAGCUCUUAUUAGUUUCAUACAGUGGGAUUUGGUGACUUUGAGGCUUGGUUGGGAAAGGGGGGGGUUGGGACAACCCCAAGGGGGCACCCAGCAGCCUGACAGGUUGGCAUCUCUCCCAGCCUCUGUGGCCUGCUGUUAAUUGCAAUUAAAUGGAGCAAAUCCCAGUUGCUCUUGGCUUCUUUUUUGGCCUUUUCCCUUGGGCAGGAGCCCCCAGAGCUGUCCUGCUCCCUGCCAGCCCAGCAGCACAGCCUGGGAAGGGGCCAGGUCCCAGCUUGCCAGGCUCACCCAGCUGAGCUGAGGGCAGGCUGUGCUGGGCACAUGCUGGGGCUGGUGCCCCACAAGCCCUGAGGGAAGUGUUGGGAGUUAUUGUAGCUGUUAUCCAGGCACAAGAACCUGAGGGAAGCACUGCAGGAACCCCAAAAGCUGUGUUCCCCUGGGCCUGUAGUUGCCUGGCAGCAUGCUUAGCCCUGUCCAAAUGCCAAAGCAGUGUCUGUGUAGAUGUAGUUCAGAACCUUCCAGGACUGGUGAUGGAUUUGGCUUUGCUUGGUGGAUUUUUCUGGCCCUCUUUGCCUCUAUAAACGAGGCAGAGCCAGCAGUGACCCUGCAGGCACUGCCCUCCCCAGCUCCUCAGGGGCUGCCUCUCCUCUCCCUGCCCUGCUGACCCACAGCUUGCACACUCUGCAAGUCAGGGCAGGGUUUGGAUCUGACACCUUGGGAUUCUGCUGGAGUGGAGACCUGCUGGUGACUCUGCUGGCUUGUGCCUGGGCAAAGCCCUUCCCUUUCCCAGGGGUGAUGAGGAAACAUGAAGCUUUCCAGGCUUGCAGAGGCAGGGAAGGGCUUUUCUCUUUGGAGUUUGGAUGUUUUCCCUUAGUUUCUACCUUUCAUUUUUGCAUGAAGUGUUCUCACAAGUGUGUGAGGCUGCAGUUACUGGUGGAAUAGCUUCAGGAUCUUUAAAAGGGGAAGGAAGCAACUGGGGUGGGGGGAGAGAGGCAAAAAAUGUCCAAGAACUCCUUUCCCACCCCAUGGCAGGGUUGGGAUUGAAUUCCUCCAGGAGGAGGCUUGAAACAGAGCUCAGCUCCAAGCAAGGUGUGCUUUUGUUGGUGUCCUGGCAGCUGGGAGGAGGAGGAUGGGAUUGGGGGGGUGGAAUAUGGAAGACUGUUGAGCAAAAGUGUCUUGUGCUCUGUGCUGCUUCCCUCUUGCACUUGUGUGGCUGUGACUCAUGAGGAGCUUGAGGAGAUGCUGGCACUGACUGUGGUGGCCAGUGCCUGUGGUGUUGGGCACUGCUGGGGCUGGGCAGUGCUCAGGCAGCAAUGCAGUGUCCCCCCACAAGCCUCAGCAGCCCAGGAUCCUCAGAUGUAACCUCCCCCCAGGGAGCUGCUGUCCAAGGAGGGAAGGGGGACACCCACUCACCUUGGGAAGAGCAGAUUCCUCCCCUCAGCUCCUGGGAAGGCAGAAGGAAGGAGGAUGGUCCAUUCCCUGAACCUUCUGAGCAGCAUGUUGACUGCAAAUGGUGCUGGUGGCCUCUGGAAGGUGAUGCUGGGGCUGCCCUGCCCUGUCCCAGCUGGAGACCUGUGGGACUCUGUGGUUGCUGGGCAUCACACUCAGCUGCCCCCAGUCCUGGCUGGGCUCUGGGGCUUUUCCACUCUCAGGAACAGAGGCUGUGUUCCUUUCCUGGUUGCAGUAAUUCUUCUCCUGGGUGCUGGUUGCAAUCCUUCUCCUUGCCAGCAUCAUCUGAAUGGUGUCUGUUUGAUGAGAUCUGUCCUGUGCUCAGCACUUGGGAAGUCUUUUAUGGAGGCAUCACAGAGCAGUGUGAUGGAUGGUUCUUUGCCUUGCAGUCCUUCCCCUCUCCUGAACUAAUGAAAGCCCAUUCAUCAGCAGCUCUUGCUAAAAAUGCCCCUAAAUCCCCUUAAAGCAGGAGCCAACCCUGCAGCAAACACUCAUCCCAUCUGUCCCACUCCAGUGAGCAUUUCCAAAGGGCUUCAGCACUCAAACACAUCCCCCCUGUGCCCUUCCCAGCCCUCACCCCCCUCCCUCUUCAUGCUUCUCUUGCUUCAAAAGGAGAAAACCUUGUGUUACAAAAGCCAGCACUGAAGGGCAA